CGUGACGUCAUAACCCGGAAGUAGUGGAAAGAAAGUUGAAAAAUGGCUCGCAGUGUGUUGUGUAGAGGUAUUUCUAUAUUUCAGCUCAGCAGGAGGAUACCGCUGCUGUCCGCUCCUCGGUGUUACUCCCAGUCGGAACCGGAACCGCUGACUCUGAGGGAACAGAAGCACGGAAUCAGGAGGAUCAUUUUAAACAACCCUAAGAAGAGGAACGCUCUGUCCUUGUCCAUGCUGGAAGCCCUCAGAGAGAACAUCCUGACUGACGUUGAUGGCGAAGAUCUCAGAGUCAUCAUCAUAUCAGCCAAAGGUCCGGUGUUCUCGUCGGGACACGACCUGAAGGAGCUGACGUCCACUCAGGGCCCAGAAUACCACACCAAGGUGUUUCAAACCUGCUCAGAGGUGAUGACUCUGAUACAAGACCUCCCUAUUCCAGUUAUCGCCAUGGUGAACGGCGUUGCCACGGCAGCCGGUUGCCAGCUGGUCGCCAGCUGUGACAUCGCAGUUGCGACCGAGAAAUCCACCUUUGCCACUCCAGGCGUCAACGUGGGUCUGUUCUGCUCGACGCCGGCGGUGGCCAUCGGCAGAGCGGUGCCAAGAAAGGUUGCCAUGGAGAUGCUGCUGACAGGCUCUCCUAUCUCAGCCCGUGAUGCCCUGUUGCAUGGCCUGAUUAGCAAGGUGGUGCCAGAGGAGCGGUUGGAGGAGGAGACAUUAGCCAUCGCCCAGCGAGUGUGUCAGUCCAGUCGACCUGUUGUAGCUCUUGGCAAGGCCACAUUCCACAGACAAAUGGCUCAAGGCAGAGACGCAGCAUAUGCCACUGCCUCCAAGGUGAUGGUGGACAACCUGGCUCUUAGAGAUGGACAGGAGGGGAUCCAGGCCUUCUUAGAGAAACGCAAACCUGUGUGGAGUCAUAAACCUGAACAAGUUCAUGACUGACCCACUCUGGGAGAGGUUAUGUCUUAGUAAACAUCUUUAUUAGUAUAGAGUGAUCUUUGGUCACUAAUUGAAAUUGCCUAUUGGAGCAAUUUGCAGCAUGAUAAAGAGCUAAGUUUAAAUAUUUUUUUCAAUUCACCCAAACAUUACAUCUGUUUUGCCCAGACAGAACUUCAGAACCAUUUUGUGCCUUAAGAGCUGCAGAAACAAUCCACUGUGGAUGCUUUUGUAGAAGUUUUACAUUCAUGUUGCUCUUUGAAAGAGAAAUUAUAGGUUACCUUGAUUUGACGGUUUUCUGUACUAUCAAAGUUUGAUUCAUGAUGAAAAUGAAUAAGAACUGUUCCGUAAUGUUUAACAGCAGAACAAUCAGUAAAGGUUUUGUAGCAGUAGUUUUCUGAUUGAAAAAGUCACAAAAGCCUGAGGGCUGCUGAAUGGUGUUACACUAAUCAGUGGCAUAAUCAGAACAAUACUUUAUACGACAUAAAUAUAUAUAUAACAUAGUACGCUAAUGCUUAAAUAUAUUUAAUUUAUAAUUGUAAUAUUUGUUUCUGGUGUACUUGUGCAGCUUUAUGUAGCUGUUCCUGUAAGCAUUGUAAAUUAUAAUGUAAUUCAGAAUAAAUUUUUUUAGCAAAGA